AUGAACGCAUCUUGUCGCUCGUUCAGUCGUUCGUUCGUUAACCCGCACACAAGUCCGUCCAUCAUGAAGCAGGGCAUCCUCGCCGCGCUCGCUCUGGCAUCCGUUGCCAGGACGGAGUAUGUCUGGCCGUCGCCUUACGAUGAGAUUGAGGAUCAUCUCUCUCUGCAAUCGGGCUACCUGCGCAGGGGCUUCAUAGAUGGCGUCAUCAACUGCGGCUUCGGCGGCAAUGUCCCAGGCCGCCAAAACUCGGCCGAAUGGAUCCGCGCUGCCUUUCACGAUAUGGCCACACAUGAUGCUACCGCCGGCACUGGCGGCCUUGACGCCUCCAUCUUCUUCGAGCUGGACCGUCCCGAGAACAUCGGCGCCGCCUUCAACAACACCUUUGGCUUUUUCAGCAGCUUCUACUCCGUCCGUGCCUCUGCCUCUGACCUGCUGGCCAUGAGCGUUCUCGUCGCCAGUUUCAGCUGCGGCGGCAACAAGAUGCCCUUCCGAGCCGGCCGCAUCGACGCCCACGAAGCCGGUCCCGCCGGUGUCCCGGAGCCUCAGACCGACCUCAAGACCACCCAAGACGCCUUCACCAAGGCCGGGUUCAACACGAGCGACAUGAUCGCCAUGGUCGCCUGCGGUCACACCCUGGGUGGCGUCCACAGCGUCGACUUCCCCGAAAUCGUCGGCGUCGAGGCGGACCCGAACAACGACACCAUCGCGCACUUCGACGUCGAGUUUUCCCGCUUCGACCACGGCGUCGUGACCGAGUAUUUGGACGACACGACCAAGAACCCCCUGGUGGCCGGCACCAACGACACGCUCAACUCGGACAAGCGGAUCUUCUCCGCGGACGGCAACAAGACGAUGCAGGCCAUGGCCGAUCCCGCCGCCUUCCAGGCCACCUGUGCCGACAUCUUCACCCGCAUGAUCGACACCGUGCCCGCCACCGUCAAACUGACCGAGCCUAUCGUCGCCACCGACAUCAAGCCAUACAUCGGGGGCCUGUUCCUCAAAGAUGACGGCAACAUCUCCUUUACCGGACAGAUCCGCAUUCGCACGUCCGCCGACACCGGCCGGGACCCUUCCGAUCUGUCCGUCCAGUUGACUUACGCGGACCGCAAUGGCAACGGCUCCAACGCCAUCACCACCCGGAAGGCGACUUUCCAGGGCGGCUCGGCGUCCGGUCUCUGGCGAGAGUCGUUCCACUUCUGGGAGUUCGACGGCACCAUCAGCCCCGACGUCGGCAUCAGCAAGUUCUACAUCCACGUCACCAAGACGUCGACGAACGAGACCGUCACCUACGACAACGCGGGCAACGGCUACCCGAUGAGCGACGUGGUCCUGUACCAGAAGUCGCAGUCCUGCCUCGGCGACCCGGUCGACGGGAAGCUGGCGCUGACGGUCAAGGCCCUCGUCCGCAAGGACCGCGCGCCCACGGCCGCCGGCGGGCUGACGCUGGAUCUCGUCCGUGAGAUCCGGAGGCAGGGGGUGAUCGUCCCCAAGCUGGAAGUCGAGACCAUCGACUUCCAGUCCGCCGGGCAGGACAGGGGCCAAUGGGCCGUCUACACGGCCGGUGCUGACCUCGACUCGCUCGGCUGGAGCACUACGUUUGACAUCAAGUUGGGCGGAGACGACCCUGUCGAGGUUGCGUUCCAGAAGACAACCGGCUUGGGAUCGAAUGUGUGCAGCUGA